CUAAUUGAAAUCUUAUAACAUUAAUUAAUUAAGUUGAAAAGGACCAGACAAUCAACCACCGCACCAAACCGAACCAUUUUAGUUAAGCUUUAAGGUUGUUUGUCUCAAAUGGCAAACGAUAUAUGAAAAAUUGGAGGAGGACAAACCAAGGUUAGCUAUAGCUAGGUAUUGGACUAUAUAAUAUAUCUCCAAGUCCCAAUACAAAAACCAUUUGGACCAAUCCCAUGGCAUGCAAAUAUACAUCAAUGAGAUAGGGAUAGGCUCAAGGAAUAGAUACUACAAUAUGUUAUCGCCAAAGCAUAUAGCCAUUGGCCGAAACUAUUGUAACUAGCUAGCAUUACUACAAUUAAGUCCGAUCCAAACUAGUUACGUAACUCUAUCGAACUAGAACCUCUAGCUAGCUCCACUUCGACGAACACAGCCAUGACAUUACAGACUAGAGAUGGAUGUGUCGAGUGGGGGAAAUGGAGUGGGAACAAGUUCAUCAGUCAUCACCGGCCAGGCCUCGUUGAGUUCGCCCCAUCCCCACUCACUCUCGUACAACCAAAAAACACCAUGCAAUCCCAUUCGCCACGUUUCCACGGUUUGGCUCCAUGUAGAUUGCCACUUGCCCGUUUCCCCACCCUACCAGAGAGAAAGAAAAGAACCAACCCACAAAACUACAAUAUGCAGAGCUCAUUAUAAAACAAAAACAGAGGCAGUGAGCGAGUGAGCAGAGACAGAGAGGGAGAGGGAGAGUUCAAUGGAGCAUGCAACAGCAGCAGCAAAUGGAUCAGGAGGCGGCUUCCAUGGCUACCGCAGCAGCUCUAACAGGCCCCCCACCACUCCACCUUCUUCAGGUAAACCUACUCUGAAACAUCAUGAUCUGCAGUACAAUACGGUGGCAAUGUUUAUGUCGACACUGUUGGUUGGACUUGGAUAUAUACCCUACUUCUAGUGAUCAGCUGAUCAGUCUCGUGGCAGAAAGAUUACUUCUUGAGAGUUAGAUUUGAUGUAAUUUAUGUUCAUGUAUAUCAUUAUCCAUAAGUUUUCUUUCUGCAAGUUAUUCCCUCAUUAUAUCUUUGUGGAAGACAAUACAAUAUAAUGCAACAAGACAAGAAAAGGAUCAAUGUUUUUAGUACUAGUAAUGUAGCUUGGGAAUAAAAACACACAAAAAGAAGGGGGUAAACUAAACUAAAAGCAAGUUGAAGGUAACCAAUAAAACAACAAACAUGGUGUGGAACACUAGACAUAGAGAGUGAACAAGUGGCAGCCAGGAUUUCAUGCAUCUUAUAAUCCCUCCUUCACAAAUGUCAUCCAUGCACUGCAAUGUACCUAACUCGUACCGGUUCAACCGAACCCACCCGGUAGUUGGAUUUGAGUCAUGGGUUUGACUCAUCUCUGUCUGUUCCUUGCCUUCCUUCCUUCACAGGAGUAGUGAAGCUGCUGGCGGAGAUCAACAACAACCACCACCACUACACCAACAACAACAACUCCUCCUCGGCCGUUGAUGUGACGGAGGAGUGCACAGUGAGGGAGCAGGACAGGUUCAUGCCGAUCGCCAACGUGAUCCGGAUCAUGCGGAAGAUCCUCCCCCAGCACGCCAAGAUCUCCGACGACGCCAAGGAGACGAUCCAGGAGUGCGUGUCGGAGUACAUCAGCUUUGUCACCAGUGAGGCCAACGAGCGGUGCCAGAGGGAGCAGCGCAAGACCAUCACUGCCGAGGACGUCCUCUUCGCCAUGAGCAAGCUGGGGUUCGACGACUACAUCGAGCCCCUCACAGUCUACCUCCACCGCUACCGCGAGCUCGAGGGCGACCGUGCUGGGGCCACCUCUGCAGCAGCCUCUUCCGCCCUCGGCCUGAAGAGGAGCAGCAGCAAUGGGAGUGGAUCAGGUGGUUUCAUGGUGGAGUAUCUUGGGGGAUCAUCAGGGUUUGGAACUGCAUCGUUCCAUUCCCACCACCACCAUCACCACGCACACUCUCGUCACCCUGCUGGCAACGGGUUUUACGGUGGAGCCAAUGUGGCAAGCACGUCAUCCCAGUCAUCGUCUCCGCGUGCCAAUGGCAAUGGUUCUGUGAGCAAUGGGGAACAUCGCCAUCCGAUUUUCAGUCACCGUGAUAAGAAAUGAGAGGAGGAUGGAGUGGGUAUGGCCGGGGGCUGGGGAGGAUGAAGCUCUGUGGACUAGCUAGCUAGACAGUUUACUUGUGCUGACGACGUUGUGGCAUUGUUUUGCCUCCUUUUAACUUUCUGCUAAUUUUCGUGUGGACUGAACUCGGUGUGUGAUGGAUGAAGUAAACAUGCUGCAUCGACAUUUUGCUCCUUGUGCAUGCUUAUGGAUUUUGCUUCCUAUUCCCUCGAUGAAUGCAAUGUGUUGGUUCCUUUUGUUAGAGAUAUAGUUAUGGUUGAAUUCAAGGUAAAAAAAAAACGAACUAGAAUCGA